UUGCCAUUUGCAACAUGGCAGAUGAAACGAAUAAUCCUUACACUACGUUCUCAGGGGAGAAACUACCUUUCAGAGGCCUGAGACUCUGGAAAUUGUUAACUUUACUGUCAAGUCUGGUAGCCAUAACUAUUGCAGCGGUUUUUGUUUGGUACGUACUCGCACACACAACUGCGGAGAAGGCUGGCGACAAACAAAAUGCAAGCACCGAUGUUACAACGGCGUGCCCCCAGCUACCUACGUUAUUUCCUCUGCCCAAGGAGACUCCAAAGCGAAUCACGGAAGUCUUUGAGAAGCUUGAGUCGAUUCUUAAUGUUACAGUUGACGAGACUUCGUCGCUACCAGCCAUUUCUAUGAACGUAUUCUACCGAGAUAAGAUACUUUGGAGCGGCCAUUACGGAAGCAAGGUGUAUAAACAACCGACAUUGAAACCAAAUGACAGCACUGUUUAUCGGAUUGGAAGCGUCACCAAGAUCUUUGCUGUCCUCUUAGUGUACAAAUUGUACGAGGAAGGAAAAAUUGUUUCCAUUGACGACCCGUUGAGUAAGUACGCUCCUAAUUUCUUUAUUCACAACCCUUUUACAAAUGAAAACAUUACGCUACGCGAAAUCGCGAGUCAAAUGUCUGGAUUACCGCGGGAGGCUCCAUGUAUAUAUCAGUGCUCAAAUACAACGUCACGUGAGCAGCUUGCGUUGCUAAGAAACCGCACGUUAGUUCUUCCUCCUUGGACGGAGCCUUCGUAUAGUAACCUUGGUUACGCGUUGCUGGGUAGGCUUCUUACUGAAAACUUACUCAACGAAACAUUCGAGAACUGGACAAAAGAAAACAUUCUCAAACCCCUUGGAAUGGCAAAUACUGGCUUUGAAAUCACAGAAGAAGUGGAGAAAAACAUGGCGUUCCCUUAUCUACCCGAUGGACAGCGAAUGAAGUUUAUGAACUUAGGGUGGAUCAACCCGGCAGGGGCGAUGUACUCUACCAUUGAGGAUCUCGCUAAGUUAGGAAUGAUGUUUGCUCAACCUGAAAAACAGAAACUGUUCAAACCUGCUUCUCUUCGAGAGAUGAUGACUCCCAAGGACAUCACCCCGGACGGAGUGACAGUAUGGGGAUCCCCUUUUGAAAUGUUCUUCAGUGAACAUUUCUUGAUCCGCACCAAAGGUGGCAACAUUGACACUUACAGCGCGUUGCUCACAGUUAUUCCUGAGCUGGCUCUCGGGGCAAAUAUUCUGAGAAGCACCAUAUAUUACGGUCAGCCAAUCGGGUUUCAAGCCCCUGUGUCGUUUUACAACCUCCUUGCUCCAAGACUUAACGAAACUCUUUUUAAAUUGCAGCGUAAGUCCCACUUUCCUUUUUCUCCGGAGCCGUUUGUUGGAAAAUUUCGCGUGAAGCAAGUUAAUCCAAUAUUUGGUACCACUGUCACUUAUAGCGUUACCAUCACCAGCUACCAAAAUUUUUUACUUUCCAGUGUUCUUCCCGGUCCUACAAAGUCGACCCUGGAGAUCAGGUACAUCGGGGAGAAUCUGGUUUUCCAAGCUAAAGUGCGUACCCCAGGGAAUUCUUGUUUUGGGGAGCGCGUAGGAACAUUGGCAGAUCUAUACUAUGAGCCAUCCGAUAAAGAGAAGCUGUCGCAGGGUUUCCGAAUUCCACAAUGGGAAAUUCUUGCAAAGCGCCUGAAAGAUAGCGGCGAAGAUCCAGACAAUGAUAAUAGACAGGAAUUUGAUUUGUUCAACGACUUUAAGAGUGCUAUAUAGAAUAUUAACCGUUCACUCUUGCGGCAUCUAUUUAGACUGACGGGUACACUUAGAUAUACUCUUAGCGAGACGACACGUUGUGUUUUUCUCCGUUUUAAUCUCACUGUAAACAAUCGGUUUAUUCUCUCAUAAACAGUUUCUCGCUCUCGCAAUUUUUACACGUGGUCAAGUUCAUACAUGGAAGUAGCUUAUGGACGGUCCUCCCCACAAGGGAGGGGUGAGCUGAAAACUGUCGCACAAGCCUAUUCACCCCUUGCGCUUGUCGUCUAGAUUAAUAACACGUCAACUUAAUUACUAGCGGUUAUUACAUAAUAAAUACUCCUUAAAGUUUUGAAAGAUUGAUGAUCAUCAACUCCAGUACUUUGUUUAGACAGAAUACAAAAUUCUCAGUUCAGUUAAGAGAAUAAACGUUUAGCUCCCGAGAAUCAUUGGGUCGUCAAAAAUUGAUAAGCAAAGAGGAACAGAAGAUGGCGUUUUUCCAUGCUUGGCCGAUCGAUAACAACCGAUGAAGUAGUGACUUCACCAUGUAAUUCAGUUUUAUACCAAAAAACUGCCUCUUAUUUAUAAGGCUGAACUAAGUUGUUAAUACUCGUGGGAGAUAGAUGAUUUAUAAGCAUAAACUAAUUUU